GUAGUUUUACACGCCUUAUAUAGCCUCGAAGUGCAGAGCUGUCAUUCUCAGCGGGAUAAAGCGAGUGGUUGCUUCACGGUUAUACCUUCCCCCUUCUCCUUCGCACGGGCAUCGUCCUCCUUAUUUCAAUCCUCAACUUUGUUUCCUGCAAAGCCCCCCUAACCCCAUCCUUCCUCCCUCCAAUUAAGUUCCCCAAACUGCUCUUCAAGCAAGCAGCAAACUUUUAAGUUUUUUUUUUGUUUUGUUAUUUUGUGCCCCUCCAACGACGAUGGACUUGUACAAGGUUACCCUAGAAGGACCGGCUCCGUGGGGGUUUAGACUACAGGGAGGAAAGGACUUCAACAAGCCUUUAACCAUGUCCAGGAUCACGCCUGGUGGCAAGGCAGAACAAGCAACUGUCGGGAUUGGAGAUACUGUGAUAUCCAUUGACGGUGAAAAUACCGAAGGAAUGACUCAUCUGGAGGCACAGAACAAGAUCAAGGCCUGUGCAGGGAUCUUGACACUAUCCCUGGGGAGGGCUAUGCCAGUCAGUUUAAAACCAGAGCACCUGGAGCAUUCUGGCAAGGUUGACCAUCGUGUUAUCGUGCCUAAUGAUGCCAGUAAGAAAAGACUUAUGGAGGACACGGAGGAUUGGCAACCAAAAACUGGAACAACCCAAUCCCGCUCUUUUCGUAUCCUUGCUCAGCUGACAGGCACAGAUUUAAUGAGAGAUCCAGAUGAUGAAGUUGUUAAAAGAGCCAGUCCUGAGACAGGUGCUGCAGAGGAGACAUUUGACCUAGCUUCUGCUUUUGAGCCCAUCCCGAAGACCUUUGAAGAUCCAGGGUACCUUCAGCCAAGGGCUGUUCCAGUUCCAUCUGCUCCGAGUUGCAGACCGCCUUGGGUGGUGGACGAUUCCUUUGCUGAGAAGUAUGCACCAAACAAAACCACCACUAUCUUGACCAAAUACACUCAGCCUGCUCAGCCAACCCCUCAACAGAACCGAAACUCCAUUGUCCAGGCAGCUCAACAGGCACCUGAUGGGACCAAUAGGACUCCUGUGUGUGCGCAUUGCAACAAGGUCAUCAAAGGUCGCUAUCUUGUAGCUUUGGGCCGCUCUUGGCAUCCUGAAGAGUUUACUUGCAAUCAGUGUAAUAUGACCUUGACUGAGGGAGGAUUCUUUGAGGAGAAAGGCUCCGUGUUUUGUGGAAAAUGCUACGAAAAUAUGCACGCUCCCAAUUGUGCCAAAUGUAAACAGAAGAUCAUAGGCGAAAUUAUGCAUGCCUUGAAGGAAACAUGGCAUAUUAAGUGCUUCACCUGUGCUGCAUGUAAAACCCCAAUCCGCAAUAAAGCAUUUUACAUGGAGGAAGGUCAACCCUACUGUGAGAAGGAUUAUGAGAAAAUGUUUGGUACCAAAUGCCAUGGUUGUGACUUCAAGAUUGAUGCUGGUGACAGGUUUCUUGAAGCUCUAGGGUAUAGCUGGCAUGACACCUGUUUCGUAUGUGCGGUAUGCCACAUAAACUUGGAAGGCAAGACAUUUUAUUCCAAGAAAGAGAAGCCUUUAUGCAAGAGUCAUGCUUUUUCAGCUGUCUAAUUCUACGCUGAUGAUGGUCACCAGGGAGCACGAUAGAAACCUGGCUCAGACAAGCACAAUCCUCAUUAGGGAGCUUGGAUGAAGUCACAAAGAACUGAAGUCGCAAAGGAAUUUUGGCUUUCUGGUACAAUAAAAAUAUAUGCAACACUUCAGAGAGGCAAUUAAUCAACACGCAAACUGUUACACAACUGUUUCUCAAAGGGCCAAUUAUCUUGCUUCUCUUUCUGCUGGGCAUGUAAUCUCCUAUAAAUUUUAAUUUGCCUUUUUGUUCCAAAGGGAAACAAGCUUAAUGGUAGCUCUCUUGGAAUCCAUUCAGCAAAAGGAACUCUCCAGGCAUUCCAUCUUUAUCACUCUUUUGCACACAAUGUAUAUUGUUUAUUACCUGUUCUUUGAGAAUGUUCUAACCAUGCAGUAUCACUUUUUAUAUGGAUUAUAUUGCUACUUGUAAAACAAAAUCAAUGUCAGUAUUUAUCCACAUACUUUAGAACGUUGAUUGUUGCAAAUUAGUUUGGUUGUGUGCUAUAGCUAGUAUUUAGGAUUAAAAACAACCUAUUUAAAGUGUCCUUAAUAAGGAGUAACCCAAAUAGCUUAUAAGAUACUAAUUUACACUCACUCCUCAUGUAUGUGCAGUAAUUGCACUUUCAAUAUCCUGUGCCGUGCAGGAAAUGGGGAUUCCAGAAAAAAAGCUUAGAUUCACUGAAAGUACGUUUGAAAUGGAAGUGUAUUGUUGUUUGAAUUCCUGUAGCAUCUCUCCAUUAUUUACAUUUAUUAGUAUGUUGUUUCUUUUCACCAUUCUAUUGGAUUAGUCACUGUAGGAGUAAAUGGUAUGUUUUGUACACAUUGUUUAGCUUCCAUUUCUCCCAAAUGGUCUAGCACCUGUUGAGUGACAUUAUUACUGAGUAACUUCCACAUGGGUUUCUGUGAUCAGCACCUUUACUGCUUGUUUUCUUCCUGGAUAAUAUUUCAAUGUGAUAUUGAUUGUAUGUUCAGAAGUGAUAGGAGCAGAAUUACUGUAGGUCAUUUGGUCCAUCAAGGCUACUCCGCCAUUCAAUCAUGGCUGAUCUAUCUUUCCCUCUUAACCCCAUUUUCUUGCCUCUCUCAUAACUCCCGACACCCGCACUAAUCAAGAAUCUAUCUAUCUCUGCCUUAAAAAUAUCCAUUGACGGCCUCCACAGCCUUUGGUGGCAAUGAGUUCCUCAGAUUCACCACCCUCUGACUAAAAUAAAUUCCUCCUCAUUUCCUUUUGAAAGGAACAUCCGUUAAUUCUGAGGCUAUGACCUCUGGUCCUAGACUCUCCAUCUAGUGGAAACAUGUUGUUUUCGGCUUUGGAAAUUCAUUUGAUUGAUUUCAGUAGAAUGGACUUUAGAUUUACAAUCCAUUCAUGCUAUUAGGUGUUGCUUUUAGUGCAACUGUACUUUAUCAAGCUAAUUAGAUUGAUUAGCAGUUCACUGCCCUUUAAAGCAGUAUACAUACAUAAAGAGCUAAAAUGAUGUAAAUGGACUGUUGACAAAUGGGGACGGUUUGUCGGCACGUUUCCGGUGUUUAACUGCAUUUCUUUUAUUCCCAUUUGGCUGGGAUGUUACUGAGUAGCCAAAUGUGUUUGUACCUACUUGGAAACAAUUACUUGUUAUCUGGAUUUAAUUAAAAAGUUCCUGUUUCAUUAUAUAAGCUUUCUCUUACAUUGAGUAUCGGUGGCAAUGUUCAAAAGAUUAAAUUAAAAAGUAAUGUUUAAGUAGCAAGUUUACGGAACUUUGUACAAAGGCAAUGGUAGAUUUAUAAGUGUCAUAUUGCCAUUGGGACUUGCAACUAAUUAUGUGCAGGGAGCUGUUUGCCAAAGACUAGUUAAUAUUAGUGUCUUGUCUUGGAACAAAUUAGAGCAAAAUUAAACAAAGCUGCCAGCAUUGAUUUGACAAACUUCUUGAUAUCUGAAGGUAUUAUACAAUUGCUUUUAGCAUUAAGGUUGGACCCAAGUGCAAAGUGCUGUGAUAAUGAACCAUGUGGUCACAAAUAAUGCCUUGUUUUUGUAAGUUAAUUUCAAGCUUAGAAUUUAUUUAUUGUAUUUGCCACAAGUAUGGUUCCUGUAUUUACAAGGUGUUGGUGUAAAGUGCUUGCUUUAUUAUCUUUAAGUUUCAUUACUUGGUUAUCCUUUUAACUGACAGGUAUAAACUAAUUUACAUAUUACAUCAUAUUUCUUUUUUUUUUGUACAUUGCCAGGAAAGGAGCAGUAUCAUUUGAACUUAAAGCAAGCUACCAUUGUUUUCUGUUUUGAAAUUGUAUACCUGUUUCUCUGACAUUUGCUUAAAAUUAAAACAAUAGAGAUCUUGUGAAA